AUGCGUUCAUUAGGCGUUCUAGGUGUAGCGCUACAUGCCUCUCUGCUCAUACUGCUGACUCAAGGAAUUCACAAAUCUAGAGAUGGAGUUUAUCACGGAACAUCACGACGCUUUGCUACAGACCACCGUCCACCUGGAUUCCAUCACCUGGCACCGAAGUAUAUGAUGCACCUUUACCGGAAUUACAAGUCAAACCUCACUCGGCCUAUAGACGUAAUGGAGAAGGCCAUCGCAAAACAAGCAGACACAGUCAAGAGUGUAAUGGCAAAAAGUUUAUUUCACAGACCCCGACGCUGGACUGCAACCUUUGACCUGACCACCUUAUUGGCCGACGAACGGAUCCAAGCAGCGGAGCUCAGGUUCAGGUUUCCCCGGGCGACGAGGGCUUCCAACAUUACCGUGGAGAUCUACCAUCACCACGACUACCCGUGCAGGCAGACACAGGGGAUCUGCCAGGAACACCAGCUGGUGGGAUAUUUCUCUGUCUCCUCUGUGAUUAACUCCUCUCAGCACUGGAAGGUGUACAACCUUACUGAUCCGCUGUUGAACUGGCUCGGCCAGGAACAGAUUUCCAGGAGCUCAAUGAAGAGGAGAUCACCAAACAAGACAAAGAGAGAUGUGUACUUCCCCAACCCUGUCCAGUUGGCUGGAACACGGCAGAGUCCGUGUGUGAGCGACAGAGCCUUACUGGUUGUAUUCUCUCAUACAGGGUCAGAGGAGGGCUCCCAGGCCAAAGCCAGUCUUCUCCAGACGGCCGAACAGUCCAAGUUCCUGUCCACCACCGAGUCCAAGAAGUUCCGCAGGCCGAAGAGACACAGGAAAAAAAGGGGCCACUCAGGCCAGAGGGAACCACCAGACAUGAGGGGUCCAGAGGCGUCUAGCGGAAACAUUGAGAUUGACCCGUCUCUCUGUCGAAGAGUUGAUAUGCAUGUAGACUUCAAUCAGAUAGGCUGGGGGUCCUGGAUCGUCUUCCCAAAGAAGUAUAAUGCCUAUCGAUGUGAGGGGAUCUGUCCAAGUCCUUUGGGAGAAGACUUGAACCCAACAAAUCAUGCUUAUAUGCAGAGUCUCCUAAAACACUACCACCCUGAGCGGGUUCCCUCGGCGUGCUGCGCCCCCACCAAGAUGAGUCCUCUAAGCAUGCUGUAUUAUGAGAAUGGAGAAAUGCUGCUUCGCCAUCAUGAGGAUAUGGUUGUGGAUGAAUGUGGCUGCCUGUAGCGUCUGUCACAGGCUUGAACCCGACCUUCAGUAAAGAAAUGACCGGAGCAAAGCCCGGGGCCGUCUUCUCACAACCGCUUGAGAUGGAGACGAGGCUACCACUCGUCUCCUUCGGACGCACGCAACAGAGAGUUCCGGAAAACAUUCGAGUGGAAUUUCACUGACAGAACUCUUAUCCAAGAGUCUGUAUCAGAUGGUCGAAAAACAAUAAGAAAACACUUUGUGUUAGUUCUUUUGGUUAUUGUGACUGUGCACUCCUCAAGCAGUAUGGUAGAUGUCCUGUAUGUUUAGAACGCCUGGAUAUAUACAGUAUGGUAGAUGUCCUGUAUGUUUAG